UGGAAGGAGAUGUUGUUGCUCCAGCAGCUGUUGCUCGGCAGCCUGGUAGUUGGGACUCUGCUCUACCUGAUAACACACCUGGGUCACCUGGACAGAGUGCAGUUGGUUUGUCCCACUCAGAACACAUCAUGCCCUGCUGGUGUUCCAGUGCAGCAUAAACAGGGUGUGUUGCAUGAGCAGCGCAGGGGCGGAGUCACAAGAGGACGCCUGGUACAGCAGCUUCCACACGCCAUCAUCAUUGGUGUGAGAAAAGGAGGGACUCGAGCUCUGCUGGAGAUGCUCGGUCUGCACCCUGCAGUAGUCAAGGCCUCACAGGAAGUGCACUUCUUCGACAGUGAUGAGAAUUAUGGGCGGGGCUUUGCCUGGUACCGCAGCCGCAUGCCGCUUUCCCUUAUCAAUCAUGUGACAAUUGAGAAAAGCCCCGCCUACUUCACCACAGAGAAGGUUCCAGAACGGAUCUUCGGGAUGAAUGCGUCUGUGAAGCUGUUGGUGAUCGUGCGUGAUCCCGUCAUUCGUGCCAUCUCCGAUUAUGCACAAGUCCUGGAGGGCAAGCAUCGGAAAAACAAAACAUACCCGAGUUUCGAGUCGCUUGCCAUCGACAGCGCCAUCUGCAGGGUGAACACGAAGUACAAAGCUGUGAGCACCAGCAUCUACUCCAAACACCUGGAGCACUGGCUCCAGUUCUUCCCGGUACAGCAGCUCCACGUCGUGGAUGGAGACCAGCUGAUCUCAGAUCCUCUCCCAGAACUCCAGAUGGUUGAGCGAUUCCUGAACCUGACACCUCAGAUCAGCCGCGACAACCUGUACUUCAACGCCACGCGUGGGUUCUAUUGCCUCCACUCCGAGCGGCACCGGGGCAGGAGGUGUCUCGCAGGAAGUAAAGGCCGCACGCAUCCACAUGUUCAUCCAGCUGUUCUGGACAAACUCCGAGUGUUCUUCCAGCCGUACAAUCAGAAAUUUUACCAGAUCACUGGAAGGACAUUCAGCUGGCCAUAA